UCACCAUGGGUUCUGUAAGAGGAGACCACUUCAAGGACAUCAGCCCCGUGAUAACCCCUGAGGGGAAUGUUGUGAUGAGCUUCAGUUUUGACAGCUACCAGUUGGAAGAAGAGGAGCUCCAAGCCAAAGGGUGCCAGGCCAAAGGAGUUCUCACCUUCAUGGAGCCAGCGUGUGAAGACCCAGAACCCCAGGAUCGCUACCACGGUAUUUAUUUUGCUAUGCUGCUCGCCGGAGUUGGCUUCCUCUUGCCUUAUAACAGCUUUAUUACAGAUGUGGACUACCUUCAUCAUAAGUAUCCAGGGACGUCGAUCGUGUUUGACAUGAGUCUGACCUACAUCCUGGUAGCCCUGGUGGCCGUCAUCCUCAACAAUGCCUUGGUGGAGAUGCUGAGUCUCCACACCAGGAUCGCUGUAGGGUAUCUUUUUGCACUGGGGCCGCUUCUUUUUGUGAGCCUCUGUGACGUCUGGCUGGAGCUGUUCUCCCAGCGGCAGGCCUACGCCAUCAACCUCAUCGCGGUGGGCGUGGUGGCCUUCGGCUGCACAGUGCAGCAAUCCAGCUUCUAUGGCUACACCGGGAUGUUGCCCAAGCGCUACACCCAGGGGGUAAUGACCGGCGAGAGCACGGCAGGCGUGAUCAUCUCUCUCAGCCGCAUCUUCACCAAGCUCCUCUUGUCCAAUGAGAAGGAGAACACCAUCAUCUUUUUCUUCAUCUCCAUCAGCCUCGAGCUGACCUGCUUCAUUCUCCACCUCCUGGUGAAACAGACGCAGUUUGUGAAGUACUACACGGCACGAUCCCGGGAGGGGGCACCCACGCUCAAAGGGGCCGCGGGGGACCACGGCACCGGGUACAGGGUUCACCACGACGUCACGACGGAAGACGUCCGAUUUGAAAACCGGCCUCGUGGGCAAGAGGGCUCCCCACCAGACACCCUCGGGCAAGAAGGGGAGCUGUCCGGCAGCGGCACCUACGUGAGAUUUGACGUCCCACGCCCCAAAGUGAAAAGGAGUUGGCCCAGCUUCCGCGACAUGAUGCUCCACCGCUACAUCGUUUCCCGGGUGAUCUGGGCCUACAUGUUGUCCAUAGCGAUGACUUACUUCAUCACGCUGUGCCUCUUUCCUGGACUGGAGUCAGAGAUCCGGAACUGCACCCUGGGGGAAUGGCUCCCGAUCCUGAUCAUGGCGAUCUUCAACCUCUCGGACUUUGUGGGCAAGAUUCUGGCCGCCUUGCCUUAUGACUGGAGGGGGACCCACCUCCUCAUCUAUUCCUGCCUGCGAGUCGUUUUCAUCCCUCUGUUCAUCAUGUGUGUGUACCCCAACGGGAAGCCCACCUUUGGCCACCCAGCCUGGCCCUGCGUCUUCUCCCUCCUCAUGGGGAUCACCAAUGGCUACUUUGGCAGCGUUCCCAUGAUCCUCGCAGCUGGCAAAGUGAGCCCGGAGCAGCGGGAACUGGCAGGUAACACCAUGACGGUCUCCUACAUGACGGGGCUGACUCUGGGCUCUGCCGUGGCCUACUUUGCUUACAGCCUCACCAGCACUUCCCACAGCACCUGCUUCCACUCCGAAACCUACAACGGAUCAGUCCCGGCAAGGUACUGA